AUGGCUCGUCGCAUUGUCCGCACGGGCUUACAGCUCGGAGUAAUCGUCACGGUUAUCUUCUUCCUCGUCUUCUUCCUCGAUAACCGCUACCGGGUGCUUCCACAAUCUAUCCAUAGCCACCUCCCCCUUCACCACGAAGGCCUCAUCAUCACCGACAUUACGGUGAAGACAUGUUCCAAGAUUAACCCGCUUUCCACCUGUCGACUGGAUCCCGAGCAGUGGAACCGCAUUGAGAAGGACUUGUACUUGAAGGAAGGGUGGUUUUCGAAGGCCUAUGUGCAUGUGAAGCGCAAGCGAGAAGAGGAGCUCAAGGAGGACGAUAAAGUCAUCAUAGACGUACGCAGCGGGAAGCUUGACCCUUCUAUAGGAGAGAAGUCUCAAACGAAAGAGAAAUGGGAGUCUCGUACUGGUGGCAUCUGGCUGAAACGGUCUUCCAAACGUCACGCGAGCGACUCUAAGAAAGCAAUAACAGCCGUAGAUGUGCUUUUCGGCGCCGAUGCGGUUGAACCUCGUCCUGGCUGGGAACUGGUUAAGCCCGGCCCUCUACUUUUGGACUCGGCAUUAGAUGGCCGGGAGCCGCACCUGAGCAUCCGCAGAGGAUCCCCUGUGAAGAUCGAGAAACCCGUUCCCCGGAUCAACGGCAAUGGAAAGUUCAAGAUUCUGCAGUUAUCAGACUUGCAUCUCAGCACCGGCCCCGGAGCAUGCAGAGACGCAGAACCUAAGGACCAUAACGGCGGCAAAUGCGACGCCGACCCCCGGACCCUCGAAUUCGUCCAUCGCCUGCUCGAGGAAGAGAAGCCCAACUUCGUCGUCCUCUCUGGCGACCAAGUGAACGGCGAAACCGCCCCAGAUGCUCAGUCCGCCCUCUUCAAAAUCGCCGCCCUCCUCGCUGAGCACAAAACCCCCUAUGCCGCCAUCUUCGGCAACCACGACGACGAAGGCUCUCUCUCCCGCCAAGCACAAAUGUCUCUAUACUCGUCGCUCCCCUACAGCCUCUCCGAAGCCGGCCCCAACACCGUCGACGGUGUAGGCAACUACUUUGUCGAAAUCCUGGCGCACGGAAACAACAACAAACACUCGGCGCUAACUCUCUACUUCCUCGACACGCAUUCCUACUCACCGGACGAAGCCACCUACAAGGGGUACGACUGGCUCAAAGACAAUCAGAUCCGAUGGUUCAGGGACACAGCGACCGCACUCAAGGAAAACCACAAGCACUACUCCAAAACACACCUCGACAUGGCGUUCAUCCACAUCCCGCUGCCCGAAUACAAGGCCGCGGAUCAGCCUCGCGUAGGGGCAUGGAAAGAAGGCGUCACCGCUCCCGGGUUCAACUCGCAUUUCAAGGACGCGCUCGUCGAACAGGGCGUGCUCACCGUUUCGUGCGGGCACGACCACGUCAAUGAGUAUUGCGCGCUCGCGCGGAAUCAAAACUCAGGGGAACCCGAGCUGUGGAUGUGUUAUGCGGGUGGAGCGGGGUUUGGCGGGUACGGGGGUUAUGGCGGGUACCAUCGACGAGCGCGGGUGUGGGAGGUGGAUACAAAUGAGGCGCGGAUUGAGACGUGGAAGAGGGUCGAGUGGGGAGAUACGGGAGGGAGGUUGGACCCACUGAUUGUCGUGGAUGGGGGGAAGGUGGUUUCGCCCCCGGGGUUGCAGGAGCCGGAUACGGCGCAGAAGCAGGGGCAGCAGCAGCAGCAGAAACAGCAAGGGAGUAGGAGAUGA